ACAGUAUAUAAAUAUAUAUCUUUUUAAAAAUAUAACCUCGUUUUUACUAAGGUACUAACCCUUUAGCAGAAAUACCUCACACCACAGCCAAUCAAAUAAGAGCUGACAUCUGCACUGAAGACUCUCACAGUUUUCUGUCACUGAGAUGGAGCGAGCAAGAGUAACAGUCAUCAUACUUCUGUCAGGUGUUUUGUUCUGUGAACAGCAGAGAGUCUUUGGGGCAGAAGUGGACAUGAGAGUUAAAGCAGGAGACAGCAUCACUCUCUACCCUGACUGUGUCAUACCAUUAGGAUCGCACAUUGUUUGGUGGAGAAACUGCUCACAUGAGCAUCAACCAUCUCUGUUCAUAGAUUCUUCAAAAAUAUUCAAGGCGAACUUUCCACGUUUUAGUUUCGUGCUCAACAGCUUCAGAAACUCUUAUGAUCUAUAUAUUACAAACGUAAGUGUCUCUGAUGAGGGAGUGUACUAUUGUGCGAAAAGAGAAAAGAAAGUAAUUAAAGAUGUAAAAGGCAUCAUAAAUGAAAAAUUUGAGUAUGAGUAUGGAAACAAGACAACGCGUUUAUCUGUCUUGGAGGCAGUAUCUAUGCAUGACUCCACCACCACUGCCACACCUCCUGUAUCAGACUGUGUGCUCUGCUGGACGCUGCUGUUCAGUGUGUGUCCUGUGUGUGUUCUCCUCUCUUCACUCCUGUCCUCCAUCUGUGUGUUCUUCUUUUGUCGGGCUCAAACUACAGGUCCUGACCUGAAUGCUGAGAUACUCAAAGCAAAUGUUUUUAGGGUCGGUCUUCUGGAGAAUCAUCAGUGUAAGACGAGUAAGACUGGAAAGAUCUGUCUCCACACUGAAGUCUCUUAUAGACUACUGACAUCUGCACAUCCCUACAACAAGAUGUGAUUCUGCCUCCUCAUUUCAAAUACAUAUGCUGUGGCUAGUCUAUUCAUUUUUUAUGCUCUGCUAUUUCAGCUAUUAUUUUAGUGUGCUGUCUCCUCACGCAUAUAUUAAUUAAUGUAUACUUUUUUUGGCACAAAACAAUAAAAUAAAUAAGU